UUCUUGAUAGGAGGGGAGCUUAUAGAGGAUUAGCUUUCUGAGGCAUAGAAUGAAAGUAUAAAACAGAUGUCGGCUGCAAAUUUAGCGGUAAUAAAACUAAAAGCCUCAUCUAAGUUCCAACAGGGUUUAAUAGGAAAACAUUAGCUAGAAUUUGUAUACAUAACAAAAACACACAACAUGGAUAUCUGGAAAAUAAUCUUAGCUUUUAUUUUGAAGAUUGUCAUAUCAUUGCGCUUGUCGGCUGCACAGGUGCUAAUGGAAGAACUCAGGGCAUAUAAAAUCGACGAUCGGGACAUGAACGGCACAGAACAAUACACAGAACUUUCAAUAGAUCAAGUUAUAAUGAUGGCAAGCGGGGGAUCUGGCAUGGCACAGAAUUUAGUUCUUGGGGAUGAUGGGACAGUUUUAGCCGAGUUGGAUAUGAGACUGACACAGCCACAAUUUGUCCGUCUGUACGAGCAACCUUCGGCUAUGGCGAAUUCUUUGUCCAUUCCAAGAGGAAAGCGUCGAGCUAUUAAAAAAUUGAUAAAAGAGAAUAAGAAAAAAGCUAAAAGAACAAAAAGGAAAGCCAUACGGGAUACAGUGCUCAGAUGGACUGAUGGAAUUGUUCCGUACAGAUUUGUUCCCGGACAUUUUCAGGAUAAAGAACGAUACAUGAUACGCAGUGCAAUGACAGAAUGGGAGAAGUAUACAUGCUUGCGAUUUAGAGAAAAACUUAGCACAGAUUAUAACGUAGUCAGAUUUCAAAAUGGCCUAGGAUGCAAUUCUCAACUUGGUAUGGUGAAAGGAGAGCAGCCAUUGAAUUUGGAUAGGAACGGUUGUAGAUUUAAAGGACUUUAUUUACACGAAAUUGGUCAUGCUAUUGGUCUCGUGCAUGAACAUCAGCUUCCGACCAGAGAUGACUACAUUGAAAUAUUAGAUUACAACGUGCAACCGAAUAUGCGAAUUUGGUUCAACAAGUACUCUUCACAGGAAGUAGACCAAAUGAAAGUUCCUUAUGAGUACUCUUCAGUGAUGCAUUAUGGUAUAACGGCAUUUUCACAUGAUGGUAAAGCACAGACAAUCAGGGCCAAACAUGCCGACAAAGAAAAAACUAUAGGAAGAGUGUACAAAAAAGAACUGUCCUUCACAGAUGUAAAAAUUGUGAAUUUGAUGUAUGGAUGUGCAGAUCACUGUGAUAAAUCUAUUGUAUGUAACGGUGGUGGUUAUGUGGACCAAAAUUGUAACUGUAUAUGCCCGGAUGGCACGGACUCUUGUACAAAGGAUAAUAAAGCACCUGUUGACCCCACGUGUUUUAACGCUCACGAUGACUGGCAGUGUAGUUUGUGGGCGAACCAAGGUGAAUGCGAUAGAAACCCGAGGUUCAUGUUAGAUGGGUGUAAAAAAGCUUGUCAUCUGUGCGGCGAAAAUGAGGACCAAGAUGGGCCUCAUAUUACAUUAUGGACGUGGCAAUGGUUAUGUAGAUUUGCCAACAUUUGUCCAAAAGAUUGGACAGUAGAUUCGUGUAAAGAUAGUUACGAUACCUCUAAAUGUAAAGUAUGGAAGUUAAAUGGAGAAUGUAUCGUGAAUAAAAAAUGGAUGGAGAAACAUUGCCGGGCAACAUGCAAGGCAUGCAAAGAUUCCGGACCAGACCCUGAUGUUGCAUGUAAAAAUCAACAUACUGACGACAGUCAAUGUGAAAAGUGGGCAAGGGAAGGAGAGUGCCAGAUAAAUUCUGCAUGGAUGCCUGAAAACUGCCGGAAGUCUUGUCAUAUGUGUGGCGAUAGUGGGAAAAUAGCAACAACAACAACACCGGAACCCACACCAAAACCAGGCAAGUGUGAAGAUAUACAUAAUUCUGUUGAAUGUAAGGGAUGGGCGGAUAGCGGCGAAUGUGAUCUGAAUCCUGAUUGGAUGAUUCCAAAUUGUCGCAGAUCAUGUGGAAAGUGCGGGGACAGUGGAGAAGCUGAAUGCAAGAACACGUGGAAUGACAGACAGUGUGAAGGUUGGUCACGUGACGCUGAAUGUAUUAAAAAUAGUAUCUGGAUGAAUAAGAACUGUUAUAAAGCUUGUUCUGGUUGCUCGGGCGACUCUACUACUUCCCGCCAGAAGACGGUUGUCACUACUCAAGCAACUACCCGAGAGGAUUCUGGUUCAUGUUCAAAUAAUCAUAGAAAUGAUAAAGAAUGCGACACUUGGGCCAAAUAUGGUCAUUGUAAAAUCAACAAGUGGAUGACCAUUCAUUGUGCAAAAUCUUGUGGUGAAUGCAAGAGUGAAGCGGUUACAACUCCAAAACCGGAUAAGAAAGAAACACCAACAUUGUGUCGAGAUGACAAACUUCAUUGUCCGGCAUGGGCAAAACACGGAUUUUGCGAAGAUAACCCAGGGACGGCUCUCAGAAUUUGUAAAAAGUCAUGCAACGCGUGUAAUGGCGGAAAUACAGAAUGUUUUGAUAAACAUCAGCUAUGUCCAGUGUGGGCUAGUGGUAACCAGUGCCAACGUAACGGAGGUUACAUGUUACGAAACUGUCAAAAAUCGUGCAGAGUAUGUUGAUUGUUAAAGAACAUAUAGACACAAAAUGUUCUUCUGACGGGUGGGGUUAUUUAAAGAUCGUUUUGAUUCUUUAAUAAUUGUGAUGAUUUAGAAGCCAUUUUUACCGCGUGAAUUUAUCUUUUUAACACGUGGUAUGGUUUGGUAAUUAACUGGACACGUGACUUUGUUAACUAAAGAUGGAAGUGAGAAAAAAUGAAUCGAAUAUUGGGAGAAUGUGAUAUUGUACUGAUUUAUAUCAUUUGUUGAUUGUUUAAUAUGCCAGAUUGUUUAUAGUUUUUAUAGAAAGUGUUAGGGAGCGUAUACAUAAGAAUGUUUGUAAAUAUUUGACACUAUUAUUGUUGUUGUUUCAUUCAAAUUUAAAUUGUUAUAUGAAAGUAUUUUUGAUGUUAUGAUUAAACACACAUUUAACACAGUAACAUAUGAAUGUGGUGUCGUUUUAUUUUCAUACUUUAAAUGACGAUGAAUUAUGUAGUUUUUUCAAAGUAUGAAACAGUAUAUUUCAUGUAGUGGUAAACUCCAUUUUACACGUGUUUCAGAAAAAAAUAAGUUGGCUCUUGAAUGUGAUACUUAAAUGUUGAUCUGAUCACUAAUGCACAUUGAUCAAGUUUUUCAUCACAAUUAUUUUUUGUAUACUUUUUGUUUCGAGUAUAAUUUCUUAAGGAACGACGCGUUAUUUAACGCUAUUUGUGACCAUUAAAAUACAAGAUGUAGAAAUAUUAAAAUUUUUUUAUAUUUACCGCAAUGUCUUCUUCAACGUUGAACGAACCAAACCAUAUUUGGAGAUAAUGUGAAACUUUGUACUUUAACUCUUGCCGCUUAUUUUUUAAGCUUUCAAAUGCCGUACUUUUUUUAGGCUUUUUUACAAUCUGUUUCUAUGGAACCUUGACUAUUAGAAAUGUUUUAUUUUCAUUGAUUGACUUCUAAAAAUAGCUUCGAUAUUGACCAAUAAACACGUUAUUUGAUUUUAGACGGAAAAGCUGACCUUGAAUUGUGCUUUUGACUUAUUAAACAGUAAUGUUCUUUCCUUAAAAAUGAAAUUUUUGCCUACAUCUUAAAAUGUAUUUAAAACUAUAUUGAGUGAACGGUUUUCGGACGUGGCUGAAUUUCGGCUGAUGUACCCACGUUCAGUAUUAAUUUCAUUGCAUUAGUUUGAUUUUAAAAAAUGACCUUAUGAAAAAAUAUACACAUUUAUUUUUUGUCCAGCAGUGAUAUACGAUAAAAAAUGUCGUGCAGAAUUAAUUCUGGAAAAGUGGAAAUAAACAAAACAACAACAUUUAUAUUUUUCAAAUUUCCUAGCAGAUAUGUAAGACAAAUAAUAAUAAUUUCAUGCUAGCAAGAAGGUGACUAAUAACCUGGCCGUUAUUUGAAUGAUAAAAACACAUUGGAAUUUAAAAAAGUCAAAUAAAUGCAUUUUGUUAUAAUUUAAACGUUAUUACUAUUAUUUUUUUUGUAUAUUUAAAUCUUAACAUAAUGUAUAAUAAAUGUAUCAAUCAGAAGAAAUAUAAUUUAUCCUUUUU